AUCGGGAUAAGGAAACCCAAGAUCGAUGCAAGAUGGCGCGACACAUAAUGGCCGUUUGUGUGGUGUGCCUGUUGUGUGCACACCGACUGCACUGUCAGGAUCACAUCGAUAAUAUCCUGGGCUCGGUGGCCUACACGAGUCAGGAGCAGCUCAAUGCCCGCGUCUACCCGAACCUCCAGUUCAAUCCCUCCAUUGAAACCACCGAUCGGCGGCAGCAGCGCUCCGCUUCUGGCGACGACGACACCCCCAACUACAGCACCAGCCCGCCCUCGAGGAGACACAAGCGUCACGCUGGCCACGAUCAUGGUCAUGGUCAUGCAGCAGCCGAUUCUCAUGUCCCGCAGAUCACCCAGUACUAUCUUGAGAAGUUGAUGGGCCAAAAGGAGGCUAUGCACACCAGCGGGUUUGAGGAUUUCCUCCAAGAACUCAACCUCCGCGAGAUGCCGAGUACAGCCAGUGAAGGAACCUGCGUGCCUGCCAGUCGUCUGGUGCAUCAUGUACAGCCCCACAAUCACCAUCACCACCAUCACGAGGAGGAGGAGGAGCAGGUGCAGUUGAAGAACUGCACCCUGAACAGCAAUGACACCAACUCCAGCAUCGUAUGCGCUCCCCUGCAUCACAACCACACCCACACGAGCGAGGAAAGCGGGAACUUUACGCUCAGCGAAAAGGACAUCCUCUACCUGUGUCCCGUGCUCCUCCACGAGCUGAAAGCCCAAAGCGGAGGAUGCAUAAACCCGUCCGUUCUCUCCGACAUCGAUAGCACGGAACAGCUAUUGGAGACUGAGAAGGAGAGGGACUUCCUCUACGUGUGGGUUUAUGCUUUCAUUUCGGUGUUCGCCUGCGGUCUUCUGGGUCUCGUCGGAGUGGCCAUAAUUCCGUUCAUGGGCUCGCGGUACUACAAGUACAUCAUCCAGUAUCUGGUUGCGCUUGCCGUUGGCACGAUGACCGGUGAUGCCCUUCUGCAUCUGUUGCCCCAUUCUCUUGCUGGCCAGGAUGAGCGGGGCAUGAUCAUGAAGGGACUGGGCUGCUUAGGCGGCAUUAUCUUCUUCUACGCAACGGAGCAUUCGCUUACCAUGAUCUCCGAGUGGCGCAAGAGUGUGGAGAAGAAGGAAACGAAGAAGCCUUCGCGUGCGAAGGUAAUGCGCGAUCCAGACUCCUCCGUCAACAACUCGGUGGCAGGGGACAAGAUCUGUAAACAGAAGUACAGCUCGUAUCCCUACUGCUAUGACGAGAUCACAAUGAACAACAAGCAGAGCGAGUGGAUGCACCUGCCGGCUGGAGUGGAGGGUGCUUCCUCGGCGGCGGGCGCUGGCGGCGAUGGGGCUCCCAAUGGCGUGGGGCAUGAUCACGAUGGCUCCAACGACAUGGCCGCCGCUGCCGAAUCGCUGCUCUCCACUUUGCACUCGAACUGUGUGGAGAUGAACCAUCACAACCACAAUCACAAGCACAAUAGCCACCAGCAGAGCCAGCCGGAGAGCCAGGACAACAACACCAUUGUCACGGAUCUGGAUGGCAAUGCGGUGUAUGCUUCUAAUAAUACGAAAGAUAAGGAUAACCAUGUCACCGUCAUCCUGAGAGAGCACGAAUCUUCCCACCAUGGACACAGUCACCGCCACGGGCACGUUCAUUCGCCUCCGGAAACCCUAAGUGCCGUGGCCUGGAUGAUUAUCAUGGGCGAUGGCCUGCACAACUUCACCGACGGCAUGGCAAUUGGCGCCGCUUUUGCUGAGAAUCUUGCCGGUGGCUUCUCUACCUCGUUGGCCGUUUUCUGCCAUGAAUUGCCGCACGAAUUGGGCGACUUUGCCAUCCUGAUAAAGGCGGGCAUGUCGGUGAAGUCGGCCGUCUACUACAACCUGUUGACGGGUGUCCUGAGCUUCAUUGGCAUGAUCUUUGGCAUUGCCUUUGGGCAGUCCCAAGACGUCGCCCAGUGGAUGUUCGCCGUUGCCGCGGGCCUCUUUAUCUACAUCGCUCUGGUUGAUAUGAUGCCCGAGAUCUCGGCUUCGCACAAGUCGCUGGGACAGUUUCUGCUUCAAAUACUCGGAAUGUUGAGCGGCGUGGGAAUAAUGCUAUUGAUUGCUCUCUACGAGGGCGAUCUGAUGAGCGUGUUCGGAACGAGUGGAGGCGGCGGCGGCGGAGGCGGAUCAUCUUACCAGCAUGUGCAUUAAUUACACAAAACCAUAACUUGUAACCAAUCGAUGCAAAUCUUGUAGCGUAUUAUUUGAACUGCAGCGAAACUUGUGAAUGAACUGCAUUUUCCGUCAGGCUUAGGACCUUUUUCAAUUAUUAUUAUUAUUAUUUUUUGUAUAAUUCGGAUUAGAUUGUUGUUUAUACCUCAGCACACACACAGCCGUAGCCGGUUGGCACUUACCCAAAGCAUUUGUUAUCCAGUUUUUGAAAAACACACAACAUAGAACUCUCAAUACACACCAAGCCAUCAAGAAAACCAAGAAACACAGAACCACAGAAACGCGACACGAUUCAGCACCGUUUUCGUUCCUAAUUUACUACAGAACUGCGUUCGAAUCGUUUUAAAAAUACGAUUAAUUGUAAGAUUGUCUUGAAAUUGUCUAGGUUAUAAAGUGAUUAUUGAUUUUGAAUUUAGGAGAGAAUCCAACAAAUUUCAAAUCGAAAAGCAAGCGAAAAGGAUUGCUCUAAACAUCAGAGAAACAAUAACAAAUAGUGGAGUGUGGCUG